CCACACACACACACAUGCGCCCACAUGCCGGCUGCUUCUUCGUGCGCGCGUUGACAGCCUGCCAGCCAGCCAGCCGAGAGCAGAGUAAAUAAUCAGCCGAGAGCAGAGGAGAGACGCAGAGAGAGAGGUGGCGGCCAUGGCGGACGCCGAGGCCCCCUUCCUUCUGCCCGCUGAAGGCGACGAGGCGGCGCCGCUGGCCGGCGUCUCCGACUUCCGCGGCCGCCCCGUGCGCCGCGCCGGGUCCGGCGGCUGGCGCUCCGCCCUCUUCGUCUGCGUGGUGGAGAUCGCGGGCAGCUUCGCCUACUUCGGCGUGUCGGCGAACCUCAUCACGUACCUGACGGGGCCGCUGGGCCACUCCAACGCCGCCGCGGCCGCAGCCGUCAACGCCUGGUCGGGGACGGCCUGCCUCAUGCCGCUGCUGGGCGCCUUCGUCGCCGACUCCUGGCUCGGCCGCUACCGCUCCAUCAUCCUCGCCUGCACCCUCUACGUCCUGGGAUAUGGCAUGAUGACUCUAGUGACCACGCUCCAGACGCAGCGGUCAUCGCCGGCCGGCGACAUUCAUUCCUCUUCCCGCCCUUCGUCGCUGCAGGUGGCCCUCUUCUACGCCUCGCUCUACCUCAUUCCUCUCGCACAGGGAGCCGACAAGCCAUGCGGCCUAGCCUUCGCCGCUGACCAGUUCGAUGCCGACCACCCCAAGGAGCGCGCCUCUCGCAGCUCCCUCUUCAACUGGUGGUACUUCUCGAUGGCCAUCGGCAUCUCCGUCGCCGUCGCUGUCGUCAGCUACAUCCAGGAGAAUGUCGGCUGGGGGAUCGGCUUCGGCAUGCUCUGUGCCAUUAUGUUAUGCGCCUUCGCCGUCUUCCUCUCCGGCACCCCCACCUACCGCCUCUAUGCGCCCACCCCGGGCGCCGAGAGCCCUUUCGCCCGCCUUGGUCGCAGCCUCGUGGUGCUCGGAAGGAGCUCGAGCUUCUUCCAUACAAAAGGAUACCAAGAUGAAGACGUCGCGGCCAAGUCGGAGGAGGCGCGUGGCGUGCUGCGGCUGCUGCCGAUCUGGGCGGCAUGCCUGGCGUAUGGCGUGGCGUACGCGCAGAUCAUGACUCUCUUCAACAAGCAAGGACGCACCCUGGACCGACGCAUUUUCGGCGGCCUGGAGCUGCCACCGGCGGCACUUCAGACGCUGGGGCCGGCGAGCAUCCUGUUGUUCGUCCCCAUCUACGACCGCCUGCUGGUGCCGGCGCUGGGGCGCGCGACGGGCAAGCCAUCAGGGCUGACUCUGCUCCAGCGCGUGGGCGUGGGCAUGGUGGUGUCGAUGAGCGCGGUGAUCGUGGCAGCACUUGUGGAGGGCCGACGGCUGGAGACUGCGAGGGAGCACGGUCUGGUGGAUGACGCCGGCGCGACGGUGCCGAUGAGCUGGGCAUGGCUGGUGCCGCAGUACGCGAUGAUGGGCGUGGCGGACGUGCUGACGGUGGUGGGCCUGCAGGAGUUCUUCUACGACCAGAUGCCCCGCGAGCUGCGCAGCCUCGGCCUGGCGCUCUACUUCAGCGUCAUGGGCAUAGGCGGCUUCAUCAGCAGCGCCCUCAUCUCCUUCAUCGACCGUGUCACCAGGAGCGGCGGUGGGGACGGCUGGUUCGCCGACAACCUCAACCGCGCCCACCUCGACUACUUCUACUGGCUGCUCGCCGGGCUCUCGGCCGCUGAGCUCGGGCUCUUCGUGUGGCUCGCCAGCUCCUACACCUACAACAACAACCACAAGAGGCUUCAGCACUGAGUGGUCACCGGAUAAAUUCCCGGUUGUGUAAAAAAAAACAUGGUCCACAUUGUUCGGUAGUAGGUAGGAAACAAAGAAAUGCUAGUAGUAUUAAGCGGAUGGCAUUUGUAAUUGCAAAUGUUAAAAUGAUGGGCGAGCCCAUUGGAAAUUGAUGUAUCCCAUCUGAUCUGAGGUGAUGCAGCUUGCAAUCAUAGAGCGGUUGCGAUC